UGAACCAGAUCUCGUACCCGGUCGGCUGCAGACUCGAACUCCCGCUCCAGCUCGUCUCCCUCCAGCCGGUCCCCCAUUUCCAUGCCGCUGCAGUCAAAUUUACUCAAACCCAGGUCCGAGUCAGAGUCCGAGCCUGCUCCACCUAGGGGCUCCCCUGUGUCAGGCCGGGCAGGGUCUGUACCUGAGCCAGUCGCAGUGUCCGGAGAGGACGACGGCGACCCAGAAGCCAUUGUUAUUAGUGUUUAUAACGUUAGAGACGACGUGCGACGACGAGCGCCGUGUAUCCGUAUUUAAAACGUUAAAUGCGAACGGAAAGUAUCUGCCUGAUAGGUAUUUGUUAAGUAUGUCAGGGGCGAUUUUGUUUUUUAAUCCGUUAUCGUUAUGAAUCCGUGACAGUGGGAUUUAUUUCUACUGUUUGUGGUCCGUUUGUGGUACUGUCAACUAAAAGCACCGGCUGAACUCAAUGCUAGCAAGAAAGGUUCCGGCAGUCUUCCUAUCAGGGCUUCAUUUGACAGCAGCAACAGCAGCCUCGGCGGGGUACAGAAGGCGGCACUCGAGACAAAAACCUAAAGAGACGGGGGUCUGUGGUCUGAAUUAUCUGAGGCGAGAGGUUCCCUGACCGCACUGUGCCAACUAGUUUUCACAGGAGGUCCCAACAACGCCCGGUGCCAUUGCGCGCUCUGCUGACGCAACCACGUCGCUGUGGCUCAAUGCGAUGGCGGACCGCAAUGUCCCCAGAUCUGCCCAGGGAGGGACGGAGCAAAGUCACUGAGCCACUCUCACCGGCUCCGUUAAAGUGCCGUCCGACCACCUGUUAAAGAGAGGCCGCUGCCAUUCCCGUCUCUCGUGUGAAAUAGUAUGUUGGACGGGAUCUGUUCGGAGUGCACUGACCGGGACGAGCUAGAAGUGGAGUGAAGAGGAGCGGAGUGCGCCGGGCUGACGCACCGCAUGUCGAGCCAGCAAGUUGACUGUAAUAACAAAAGUCGCGUCGACGGGGAAGGGGACAGCCGCUCUCGGAGGUUUGAGGGGACAGUUGUUUCGGCAAAAUGAAAUUCGCGGAGCAUCUUUCGUCCCACAUCACUCCAGAGUGGAGGAAACAAUAUCUUCAGUAUGAGGCAUUCAAGGAAAUGCUGUAUGCUGCCCAGGACCAAGCCCCAUCCAUAGAAGUCACAGAUGAAGACACAGUGAAGAGAUACUACGCUAAGUUCGAGGAAAGGUUUUUCCAGACCUGCGAGAAGGAGCUCCUGAAAAUCAACACAUUCUAUUCAGAAAAGCUUGCUGAAGCCCAGCGACGUUUUGCCACGCUGCAGAAUGAGCUGCAGUCUUCACUGGAUGCCCAGCGCGAGAGCAACGCGCCACCUGGCCUGCGGAAACGCAAGACGAUGUUCCACCUGUCACAGGAGGAGCGCUGCAAACACCACAACAUCAAGGACCUGAAGCUAGCCUUCAGCGAGUUCUACCUCAGCCUCAUCCUGCUCCAGAACUACCAGAACCUGAACUUCACUGGUUUCCGUAAAAUCCUGAAGAAACAUGACAAGAUCCUGGAUACUUCUCGCGGGGCCGACUGGCGUGUGGCUCAUGUGGAGGUGGCACCAUUCUACACCUGCAAGAAGAUCACACAGCUCAUCUCCGAGACAGAGACGCUUGUCACCACAGAGCUGGAGGGAGGAGACCGUCAGAAAGCCAUGAAGAGGUUGAGAGUUCCUCCACUGGGGGCAGCUCAGCCUGCUUUGGCCUGGACAACCUUUCGUGUCGGUCUCUAUUGCGGCUUCUUUAUCAUUCUCGCCAUCUCUUUCGUUCUCACUGGUGCUGUGUUCAUCCGCUUCGAGAACGUGUGGCCACUGGUGCGGAUCUAUCGGGGCGGUUUCCUGUUGAUCCAGUUCCUCUUCUUGUUGGGCAUCAACACUUACGGAUGGAGACAAGCGGGAGUCAACCAUGUCCUCAUCUUUGAGAUCAAUCCCCGAAACAACCUCUCCCACCAACACCUGUUUGAGAUUGCUGGUUUCCUGGGUGUGUUGUGGUGUCUCAGCAUCCUCUCCUGUCUCUACUCAGAGUACACCUACCUCCCCAUGCAGAUCAACCCGCUCAUUCUUUAUGGCUUCAUGGUGCUGUUCCUCAUCAACCCCUUCAAGACCUGCUACUACAAAUCACGUUUUUGGCUCCUCAAGCUGCUGUUUCGCGUGUUCACAGCGCCAUUUCACCGGGUGGAAUUCGCAGACUUCUGGCUGGCUGAUCAGCUCAACUCGCUGGUGUUUGUCCUGAUGGACCUGGAGUAUCUUAUCUGCUUCUACAUCUUUGAGCUGCAGUGGAGCAACAGCAAGGGCCUGCUGCCGAAUGUUCACGACCCUGGUAACUACAUAUGCCACAGCUACUCGUACGGUCUGCGUGCCAUCAUCCAGUGUCUGCCCGCCUGGUUCCGCUUUGUCCAAUGCCUGAGGCGUUACCGUGACACCAAGAGGGCCUUCCCUCACCUGGUGAAUGCUGGGAAAUAUUCCACCACCUUCUUUGUCGUCACCUUCGCUGCGCUCUACGCCACACACAGAGAGCAAGGGCAUACGGACACCGACAUGUUCUUCUACCUGCUGAUCGUGUUCUCCAUUAUCAGCUCCCUGUACACACUGAUCUGGGAUCUGCGCAUGGACUGGGGCUUGUUCGACCGCGGAGCUGGAGAAAACACCUUCCUCAGAGAAGAAAUUGUUUACCCACACAAGGCCUACUACUAUUGUGCCAUAAUAGAAGAUGUGAUCCUGCGUUUUGCCUGGACGAUCCAGAUCUCUCUGACCACAAUGACCAAGAUUCACGAUGUGGGCGAUAUCAUAGCCACUGUGCUGGCUCCCCUCGAGGUCUUCAGGCGUUUUGUGUGGAACUUCUUCCGUCUGGAGAACGAGCACCUGAAUAACUGUGGUGAGUUUCGUGCUGUGAGGGACAUCUCGGUGGCGCCACUCAAUGCCGAUGACCAGACCCUGCUGGAGCAGAUGAUGGACCAGGAGGACGGCGUCCGGAACCGCUCGGGCAAGAAGACCUGGAAGAGGUCCUACAGCCUGUCGCUCAGACGCCCCCUGCUGUCCUCCUCACUAUCGAAAAAGGACACAAAGGAUCAACAGGGAGAAGACAAGCCAAUCAAAAGACUUAAUAUGAAUCAAUAGAAACCUGAGGAAAGACUCGACACACAGCAUAUCAAAACAAAUCAACUGGUUUCAACUCGUUGAUUCUUUUUAUACUUCUUUUUUUGAUUGAGUUGUAUUAAUGUCAUUCACAACCCAGGAGGCACUUGCAGGAAAAGUGCAUUUAAUACACAAAACAUGGGGGGGGGGACUACUUGUACACAAAAGGGAUGUUUUGAUUCAAACAUUUCUAGUCUGUGAAGUUUAUUUGUAAUAUAUUUCAUAUAUUUUGAUGUGCACUAUUACUCUAUUGUAGUUGUUAAGUACUUCUACAUGUGUUGUUUAUACUAAUGAGACAAAAUUGAGCAUCACGAUGAUUGUUAAUGUAUUUUAUAAUGUUUGGAAUGUUUUUCUUGGCUGUGCCACGCUUUUAAUAAGCUAACAGUUACCCCCAACCUCAAAUUGGUGCAAAACUGACUUAACUAAGAUACAGUAUAUGUCUGUGUAUUGCUAUUCUUUGCAUUAACUACCAAAGCUUAAUUUCUAUGAAUGUGUCAGCCGAUCUGUCCGUCAAACCUGCACAAAGCUUAUUUACAAAAGAUUCUUUUGGGCUGUUUCAGCAGGCAGGUUCUGUCUUGUUGGAAAUCCCAGUAAUAUGAGUAGAAUAUGUCAAGAACAGAGUGAUGGGAGGCACCGCAUGUUCAGUCAAAUUGUUAGUCAAACUCCUCAGUAUACAUGCCAGUAGUCCUCAAACUGGGAGCGUGGGGGGGCACUUCUAAAAUUUUAUUAAUCUGAUUGAAGGUUACAAUAUCCAAACAAGAGUGCUCUGCUCUCAUGCUAGCAAGGCUUUCAAGAUUUAGCAAGAUUUAUUCAGACAGCAAAACAACAUGUAAAUUACAAUAUGGGUUUUUCAUAUUGUUUUUUUUUCAACAGGUUUUUCAGCGAAGUAUGAAUUUAGCAGGACGGCCUUGUGUCUGUGUCUAAAAACACACGAGAAACGUGCACAAAGAAACAUACAGCCAUUGUUCAAGAUAAUGUAAAUGCAAUUAAAUGAAAACUAGUUCAUUUUGUUGUUAGUUUUCACAAAAAGUAACAAAAUUUAUUUUACCUUUUAAAGUAGGGCAUGACAGAAGCAGUUUGACAACCACUGGUAUAUUGUGAGACACUUCAUAUGGUUACCAGACACGAGCGCUGUUAGAAAUUGAGAGGCCCAUGACAAAUGCACAGUGUUUAUUGAAUAGCAUGAAUAAAAAUGGUUUUAGGGCUACUUUUUGUGCCAUUUGUGCGGUUUCCUCCAACAAAAAGUUAGACUGUAACCCAAUGAAUCGGCCUCUUUUGACUCUGGUUCACCUAAUUAUACUCUAUUUAAACAAGAAUGCACAAAAAAACAAACCAUUCCAUCCGCAUCAGAAAUAAAAAAUGUUGCUACUUUUUUGACAAUUUGAGGCGAGUUUGAGGCUCUGAUUGAGCUACUUGGUUGUCAACCACUGGCAACACUGCAAUCGCUCCUUUAGGGCUCUUUAACAGUAAAUGUCUCUAACCUGUGACGUGUUUCAGCUCAGGCUUCACCACAUUCAGCGUUCCUGUCACCAGAUAUAUGCUGUUUGUUUGUUUGGCUCUAAUGUUCCACAUUUCUUGUUCAUUUUAGCACUUAAAAAAAUUAUUUCAAGAUGUUGUGAGUUGUUAGAUCAAACGUAAUCUACUAAUUUUAGGACAAUUAGUAACCAGGAAAAAUGUGCUGUACAUCUGACGUCCACUCUUUGCCUCCUUGACUCAUUUUCAAACUACCAGCUCUGAAUUACAGAUCUGUUGGCUGUAAUUUGGAAGUGUUUUGCUGCUGCUGUUGAAGUGGCUCCCCUGGCUUUCAGAGAAAGGAUGCUAACUUGAAUGCUGGUGUGUGUUCAACUUUCUCUUCCUGUUCCACCCGUUCCUCCCUGUGGCUACACCGCGUCACCAUCAGCCGGUCAUACGACAAAGCCCGGAGAGCUACAAGGCAAAUGUAUUACAGAAAGUCCUGUUUCUUCUACUUGUGUUUUUCCCGUAGCGGCUAAAAGACUGAAAAGCUUCUGUGUGCAAUGAGCUUAAUGUGAACUGGAAAGCUAGAAAAUUUAAAAAAAUAAAACGGC